AUGAUCAUAGGAGAGAGCAGAAGCGAGCUUCUUAGCUGGCUCAAUUCAGCGUUUGGCCUCGAGUACAAAAAAGUUGAGCAGUGCGGUACGGGUGCGGCGUACUGCCAGAUCAUGGAUUCUGUGUAUGGCGGCGUGCCUAUGGCCAAAGUCAAGUUUGGUGCCCUGAUCUCGGACUACGAUGCCCGCAACAACAUGAAGAUUCUCCAGGCGCUGUUCAACAGACACAAAAUCACGCGGCAGAUCGACACAGAGCGACUUAUUCGAUGCAGGCUCCAGGAUAACUUGGAGCUUCUUCAGUGGCUCAAGCGGCACUGGAUGGAAAACAAAGAUGCAAAUAUCGCGUACGACGCGCCGGCUAGGCGCCGGGGCGGCACCGCUUCAGGCCAGGGAGAAAGAGCUGGUUCCGGCACGUCCAGACGUACCACUUUGACCCCUAGUUCGGCCAAUUCCGCGUCACAAUCGUCGACCUUGCCGCAUUCUGGGGGCGUGGAUUCCCGGGUGUCGUCGGCCGAGAUGGCACGUGAUCUCCAGGAGAAAACCCAGCAGUGGAAGCUGGUGCAGGAGGAGCUUGUAGAAUAUCGAGUCAUGACCGAGAGUCUCGAAGCAGAACGCAACUUCUACUUCAACAAGCUCCGCGACAUCGAGGAGCUUCUGAAACUGAUCCAGGAGCAAUAUGCACGCGACGAUGUGACAGCUGAAAACGUCCGUCUGCUCUCAGUUUUGGAUGUCAUGGCAGAAAUCCAAGAAAUUCUUUAUUCCACGGAAAAGGGAUUCGAAAUCCAGGACACUGCAGAUGCUGAGUCGUUCUAA